CGAAAAUAUUAUCUUGUCUUUUUUUUUUUUUCUUCUUGUCGCGUCGCUCGCUUCCGACGUCCAUGUUGCCGCGCGCGACUCGGGACUGAAACUCCCGCCGGCGUCCUGCGAUCCUCCUCCGCGUCCUCCUGUGCUCCCCGGCGGCGUCAUGAACUUGGAGCGGAUCUCCGAGCUUCCUCCGCCGCCUCCCGCGCCUCCUCGCCGGGACGCCAAGUUCCACCUGCAGCCACGGAGCUCCGACGCGGCCAGCAGGACUUUGGACAAUUCCAGCUGCGAAUCUUCCGACGCUGAACUUGCAGAGAAGGAGCGCGCCGAGCAGCGCAGGAGCGACGAGGUGAGCGCGGAAGACCCGAAAAAGAAGAAGCAGCGGCGGCAGAGGACUCACUUCACCAGCCAGCAGCUGCAGGAGCUGGAGAACACCUUCCAGAGGAACCGCUACCCCGACAUGAGCACCCGAGAGGAGAUCGCCGUGUGGACCAAUCUCACCGAGGCCAGAGUCCGAGUGUGGUUCAAGAACCGGCGAGCCAAGUGGCGGAAGCGCGAGCGGAACCAGCAGAUGGAUUUGUGCAAGAACAGCUACCUGCCGCAGUUCGGGGGCUUGAUGCAGCCGUACGAAGACAUGUACCCGGCCUACACCUACAACAACUGGACCAACAAGGGCCUGGCCCCCGCCCCGCUCUCCGCCAAGAACUUCCCCUUCUUCAACUCCAUGAGUCCGCUCACUUCUCAGUCCAUGUCCAUGUUCUCCUCCUCGCCCGCCUCCAUCUCGUCCAUGAGCAUGGCGGCGUCCGGCAUGGCCCACUCGGCGGUCCCGGCCAUGGCGGCCCCGGGCCUCAACAACAUCGGCAACCUGAACGGGAUCGCCGGCUCCGGUAUCAACUCAGCCAUGUCGUCUACGGCGUGUCACUACGGACCUCCGGGCUCCCCGUACGGCGUGUACCGGGACACUUGCAACCCGGGCCUGGCCACCCUCAGACUCAAGUCCAAGCAGCACCCCACCUUCGGCUACGGCGGCCUGCAGAGUCCGGGAUCCGGUCUCAACGCCUGCCAGUACAACAGCUGACACCUUGCGGAACCGGAACACACCUGAACGGGACCGGACCCACUCUGUCAGGUUCUUUUACCCCCCCUCCAGUGGAUUUGGUUUUUGGUUUCUCAAGAUUGGAUCAUGCGGGUCUUCAU